UGGUUUCAUUUAAGGCCCCUCCUGCUCCCAUCUCUGAGUGCUGGAGCAGCUGCCGACGAGUUCAGAUCUCAUCUCUGCGCAUCUCCCACGCCCGCCCGACGUGCACCCCAGAUUCCUGCUGGUUCCAAAUCCAAGUCCAAAAUGGCAGCUCUCAAGGAUCAGCUGAUUCACAACCUUCUGAAGGAAGAACAGGUCCCCCAGAAUAAGAUCACCGUUGUGGGGGUUGGUGCUGUUGGCAUGGCCUGUGCCAUUAGCAUCUUAAUGAAGGACUUGGCUGAUGAACUUGCUCUUGUUGAUGUCAUGGAAGACAAGCUGAAGGGAGAGAUGAUGGAUCUCCAGCAUGGCAGCCUCUUCCUUAGAACCCCCAAGAUUGUUUCUGGCAAAGACUACAGCGUGACUGCCAACUCCAAGCUGGUGAUCAUCACAGCUGGGGCGCGGCAGCAGGAGGGAGAGAGCCGUCUGAAUUUGGUCCAGCGGAAUGUAAACAUCUUCAAGUUCAUCAUUCCCAAUGUCGUCAAGUACAGCCCCAACUGCAAGCUGCUUAUUGUUUCCAACCCAGUGGAUAUCCUGACCUAUGUGGCUUGGAAGAUAAGUGGCUUUCCCAAAAACCGUGUAAUUGGAAGUGGCUGCAAUCUGGAUUCAGCCCGGUUCCGAUACCUGAUGGGGGAAAGGCUGGGAGUUCACCCAUUGAGCUGCCACGGGUGGGUCCUUGGAGAACACGGAGAUUCAAGUGUGCCUGUAUGGAGUGGAGUGAAUGUUGCUGGUGUCUCCCUGAAGACUCUGCACCCAGAGUUGGGCACUGACUCUGACAAGGAGCAGUGGAAGCAGGUUCACAAACAGGUGGUUGACAGUGCUUAUGAGGUGAUCAAACUGAAAGGUUAUACAUCCUGGGCCAUUGGACUGUCUGUAGCAGACCUGGCAGAAAGUAUAAUGAAGAACCUCAGGCGGGUACACCCGAUCUCCACCAUGAUUAAGGGUCUCUAUGGCAUCAAGGAUGAUGUCUUCCUGAGUGUUCCUUGCAUCUUGGGACAAAAUGGCAUCUCUGAUGUCGUGAAGGUGACGCUGACUCCAGAUGAAGAGGAUCGUUUGAAGAAAAGCGCAGAUACACUCUGGGGAAUCCAGAAGGAGCUGCAGUUCUAAAGUCCUCUACCAUGCCGACACGCCACUGUCUAGGCUACAACAGGGUUUUAGUUGGAGGUUGUGCAUGUUGUCCUUUUAAUCUGAUGUGAUGAAAGCAGUGUCACAAUAAUGGCCCUGAGAGAGGGAAGAGCCAUCCGUGUCCUAGUUAGAACAGCCUGUAAAAUCCCACAGCUACAUCCUGAUGCUGGCCACUUCGCUUGGUGGCAUCCUAGACUGGUUAGGGUGAGAGCUGACCACUUAGGAGCCACUGCCCAUGUUGCACAGGCUCCAGUUGCCCAUCUGACUAGACGUGUUUUUUGUGUGCUUUGUAACUUCUGGUUCCUUCACCAAUUGUGCUUAGUUCAACUUCCCUAGCCAGUCACAUCCUGGCUUCCAAUAUUGUACAAAUUCAAUAUCGCGUGUCUUGUGCAGAACUGUUGUUCUAAAGGAUCUUAUUUUGUAUACUGUAUGUAUGAGUAGUAUAUGCUGCCAUGUAAUGUAAAAGGGAAGAUCUAUGAACAAUGCAACCAGCUAUCCAGGUGUCAUGCCAACUGAGUCCCCAAAUAAACCUUGAACACUGA